AUGCGUGCGUGCAUGGAAGGCACCUUUGACAAUCACCGGCGGUGACUUAUUUGUUUGGUGUUGAAACAUGAGUGCUGGCAAAACAAUUCUCAGGAAAGUCAAACAUUACUCCAAAGUUCCAUAUAUCUCUUCUCUGCUGCAUUCAGAACCAUAAGCUCUUUCUGGCGGUGAUUAAAGUAAUGAAGCACGUCUUUUAUAUCCCUUGAAGUUCACACGCGCCAGGCUUAAAUAUAAAAGCCACAACCGCCACCCAUGAUAUAGGUUGUGUGUAUUUUCAUUGUCAAAGCAGCCUCAUAGCUGCCACACAACUACCUCACAGUUAGAGGGCUCUUUCUUGUUUAUUCUCUCAUGCUAGAUCGACCAAAGUGACGCGUGCCGUUCAACACCUGAAGUUGAUACAACCCCCAAAACAUAUGCCACGAAAGGCAAGCUCUGCAAUUAAACUCCAUCAAUAUGGAGGUCGAUCAGCAGCACUUCUGGCAUGAGCUUUUGCCUAUCCUAAAAGCCAUUUCCACUGCAAGCUUCGUUACGGUCGAUGUGGAGAUGAGUGGGAUCUCAACCAAGUUACGCUACUCACCUGGUGGACGUUUCAACGAAAUUGGCAAGCCGUCACUCCAACAGCAAUAUGAGGAUACGAAAGAGGCAGCUGAGAGAUACCAAGUCUUGCAGAUCGGCCUGACGUGUGUGGAAGAAGAUUGGAAGAAUGGAGUUUACACAGCUCGCCCGUACAACUUCAAUAUCAAUCCAUUGCUAGAAGAUGGAGAUAAACUGGAUAUCUACCGUGAUAUCACCUUCUCAUCAAGCUCUAUGCAUUUUCUAAGGAAGAACUGCUUUGACAUCGGGGCCGUUUUCACAAAGGGGAUAUCAUAUAUCUCCCGGAAGGAGCAAACCCAGGCCCGUCAAGCAUUCCUAGAGCGCCAAAACCGGAACAGCACCAUUCCGGAUAUUGAGAUCGGCCCCGGUGACCAGGUCGCUCUUGACUUCUACCGCAACGCUAGAAGACAGUUGCUUGAAUGGACUGAUUCCAAGAACAAGGACGAAAGGGAUGCAAUGGGUUUUUACAAUGUCUCGGUGCCGGGUGGGCUUAGUGGCUAUCAAAGAAGACUGGUUUACCAACUUGUCAGGACCGAGUUCAAGCAGUACAGAGCGUUCUUGCCGAAGAAGAACGCCGAUUUCGUGCAGGUCGAGAAGAUGGACACGGUGAAGGAGGCUAAGAUUGCUGCUUCGAAGGUCAUAGCCAAUGAAACUCAGCUAUCCAAGCAAGUUGGCUUCCGCUAUAUCUUUGACGCUCUCGCUGGUGGCGACCUCUCCGCUAUAGCCCCGAACUGGUUUUGUGUCAACGCUGCCGGCCAAUCCGCCUUCAUUGACACCUCCUUAAAAAAGCUCGAGCUAUCCAGCCUCGCAAAAGCUCUGGCGGCCAAAUCCCGCGUCCUCGUUGGUCAUAACCUCUUCACCGAUCUCAUAUUCCUCUACCACACCUUCAUUGGAAAGCUCCCCCCUACCGUCACCGAAUUCCAGGAGGAGAUCCAUGCCCUCUUCCCCAUGGUCAUCGACACGAAAUAUAUGGCUACGCGUGAUAAACUUAUCGAUUCGCGUCAAUCGUCCAGUCUCCAAGACCUCCACCAAGAUCUAAAAUCCCAGCGCAUACCAGACAUUUGCCUCCCCGAGGAGUUCAGAUCCUACCAGAAUCGCCACCAACUCCAUGAAGCAGGCUACGACAGUUAUCUCACCGCGCAGAUCUUCCUCAAGCUCGCUGCCAAGUUAGAUGUUGGCCAUCCGAAGCAUAAUAUCGCCACGCACGCUGUGGACCCAUUUGAACUCUCCAUCGGCUCAGCUGAUAGCACAAGCUCCGACGACGAUAGUGGUGGCGUUGUGCUCGACCCCGCGCCUCAUUCUGCGAACCGCUUCCAGGUCCUCACCGAACCGAGCCCGGUCAAGAAGAAGGCCAGGCAAUCGAGCCUGCUGGACUCAGAUAUCGAGGACGAUAUGACUGGCUCGCCGCCGCUGGCGCAAGAUGGAGCUGUGUUUGGCGAUGCAGCCCGCGGAAAUGACUUUGUGCCGGCCCUCACAGCGCCGUUUUGGCGGGUUUAUGCAAAUAAACUGCGGGUGUAUGGGACGCUGGACGAGGUGUGCGAGUUGGAUGGCGGUGAAGCGGGGGGAUUGGCACAUUUGAACUGAAGCGCUAAGGAUCGGGAGUUUGGCGCUUUUUCAAGGGAUAGGAUUCCGGCAUCAGUGGGAAAGGAGGGUGAUAUGGAGUUCUAAGGAUGGAAUGGACAUGGGGUGCCUGGUAGUUAAGGGGUAGUGAAUCAGCAGAAUCAUAGUUAUGGUGAGCUUGAGUGUAGAUGGCAAAGAACAGACAAUCCAGGGAUGGUUCUAAGC